AUGUCGCCAACGGCGCUGAGAAAUGUUGACGCGGUCGAGAUUGUCGAUAUCCACCAGGAUGACUUGCAUUUCUCUCUCAUGGACGAACUCUCCAAGAGUCUGAACCCGCCAGAGGGGACACCGCGCUCAUUCCCAACUCUCCUGCUUUACGAUACCCGAGGACUCAAGCUGUUCGAAAAGAUCACCUACCUGGACGAGUACUACCUCACCAAUGCCGAGAUCGAGGUCUUGACAACCCAUGCAAAGAGAAUUGUGGAGCGGAUUCCAGAGGAUGCACAACUGGUGGAACUUGGUAGUGGAAAUUUGCGCAAGAUCGAGAUUCUUCUGCGGGAGUGCGAACGGGUAGAGAAGCGGGUGGAUUACUAUGCAUUGGACCUUUCGCUCGUGGAAUUGCAACGGACUUUCUCGGAGAUCUCACCCGAGGGCUUCACAUAUGUCGGGCUCCAUGGCCUUCAUGGAACCUACGAUGAUGCACUCGAAUGGUUGAAGGAUCCAGAAAACCGCACCAGACCAACGGUGGUUCUGUCCAUGGGUUCCUCCCUCGGCAACUUCGGCCGCUCUGCAGCCGCGGACUUCUUGGGUAGCUUUUCCAAAGCAUUGGGCCCGUCCGACUUUCUGUUGAUUGGACUUGAUGCUUGUAAGAACUCGGAGAAGGUUUACAGGGCUUACAACGACUCCCAAGGUGUGACGCACCAAUUCUACGAGAACGGGUUGGUGCACGCAAACGCGGUACUCGGCUUCGAGGCUUUCAAGCCGGGCGAGUGGGAAAUAGUCACCGGAUACGACACAAUGAAUCACCGACACCAGGCCUUCUACUCACCGAAAGUCGAUGUUACCAUCAACGAUAUCAAAAUUCAUAGGGGAGAGAAGCUCGUCUUUGAAGAGGCCUAUAAAUAUGGCAGUGAUGAGCGAGAGGAGUUAUGUCGCAACGCGGGAUUGAUUCCCCAAGUUAAGUUUGCAAACUCCACUGAUGACUAUCACAUUCACUUGCUUUCGCCCGCCUCUCUGGAUAUUCCAACUCGACCUGCGCAAUAUGCGUCUCACUCAGUUCCAACUCUGGAAGACUUUCAGUCUCUUUGGACAGCGUGGGAUAUUGUGACCAAAACGAUGAUUCCACAGGAGGAACUCCUGUCGAAGCCCAUCAAGCUCCGGAAUGCACUGAUCUUUUACCUUGGCCACAUUCCUACCUUUUUCGAUAUCCAUUUGACUCGAGCCUUGCGCGGCAAGCCCACCGAUCCCAAAUAUUACCAGCAAAUAUUUGAGCGCGGUAUUGAUCCUGAUGUUGAGGAUCCAGAAAAGUGCCAUGCUCACAGUGAGAUCCCCAAUGAAUGGCCACCACUAGAUGAGAUAUUAGACUACUCAGAACGGGUACGUAAUAAAGCUCGAUCUAUUCUCCAAACUGAAUCUGCCUUCGAGGACCGUCUCCUUGGCGAGGCUCUCUGGAUUGGCUUCGAGCAUGAGGCGAUGCACCUGGAGACAUUCCUCUACAUGCUGCUUCAAAGUGAAAAGACUCUCCCGCCUGUUGGUGUGGACAGCCCGGACUUUGCGCAAAUGGCUGCAAAUGCAAAGAAAAAUGAGAAGCCGAACGAGUGGUUCCGGAUUCCGCAGCAAACACUUACAAUUGGUCUGGAUGACUCCGACGACAAUCAAUUGCCUCGGGAUUCUUUUGGAUGGGAUAAUGAGAAGCCUCAAAGAUCAGUUGAAGUGCAUUCGUUUGAGGCUCAGGCUCGGCCAGUCACCAAUGGAGAGUACGCCAAGUACCUGCAAGCAAAUCGUUUACGAGAAUGGCCAGCAUCUUGGACAAUUGCCCACUCGGACCAGGAUUACUCAAUCUCCAAUGGUAUCACUCAUUCAAGCCCGAGUGCAGCCAAAGAGUUCCUGAACAACUUCUCUGUACGAACUGUUUUUGGAUCAGUGUCCCUGGAUCUUGCGCAGGAUUGGCCCUUGGCCGCUUCCUACGAUGAACUGACAAACUACGCCAAAUGGGCUAAAUGCAGAAUUCCCACUUAUGAGGAGGUCCGAAGCAUCUAUCUCCACGCUGAUCGUCUUCGAGGGGAUGGUAUUCGCGAGAUUGGAAAUGGCCACAGUAAUGGGGUCAACGGAGCCUCUACCAACGGGUCCAACGGGUGCAACGGGUCCAACGGGUGCAACGGGUCCAACGGGUUUGGGCGCACAGCGAGUCAGACUGUGAAGGCCUAUCCCCAAGAGAAAUUGUCAGUGUUCCGUGCACUCGACGGAUGUAAUGUUGGCUUCAAGAACUGGCACCCUGUUCCGGUCACGCCUAAUGGUGAUACGCUUGCCGGACAGGGUGAUCUGGGCGGCGUUUGGGAAUGGACCAGUACGCCUUUGCGGGCACAUGAAGGCUUUAAAGCAAUGGAAAUUUACCCAGGCUACACCUCCGACUUUUUUGAUGGGAAGCACAACAUCAUCCAAGGCGGUUCGUGGGCAACAGUGCCGCGGAUUGCGGGGCGGACCACAUUCGUCAAUUGGUACCAACACAAUUACUUGUAUGCCUGGGCGGGAGCGCGUCUAGUGCGGGAUGUGCCGAUGUAG